GCACUAUCACAGAGGAGCCCAGCUUGGAAGGCUGCUGAUAGGGGUCUGUCCUGCAGGCUCCAGUGGAAGGCUCCCAAUGAAAGAAGAAAGAAAUCUGGAAGCCUAGGCCUGGGGCUUUACAUCCCAGGGCUGUGGAGUAGGAUGGGGGAUGGGCCUGUAACAGGAAGUGCCCUGGGUGUCCUCUUUCGGCCCCAUGGAGUCCUCAUCCAUCCCCCAGUCAUCAGGAAACUCCAGUUUGGGAAGAGCUCUUCAAACUCCAGGUCCCUCUACGGCCAGCGGGGUCCCAGAGUUGGGGCUUCAGGACGUGGCUGCAGAGUCUGUGGCUCUCUUCUUCAUGCUCCUGUUGGACCUUACUGCUGUGGCUGGCAACGCUGCUGUGAUGGCUGUGAUUGCCAAAACACCUGCCCUCCGCAAAUUUGUUUUCGUCUUCCAUCUAUGUCUGGUGGACCUGCUGGCUGCUCUGACCCUCAUGCCCCUGGCCAUGCUCUCCAGCUCCGCCCUCUUUGACCAUGCCCUCUUUGGGGAGGUGGCCUGCCGCCUUUACUUGUUCCUGAGCAUUUGCUUUGUCAGCCUGGCCAUCCUUUCCGUGUCUGCCAUUAACGUGGAGCGCUACUAUUAUGUGGUUCACCCCAUGCGCUACGAGGUACGCAUGACCCUGGGGUUGGUGGCCUCCGUACUGGUGGGCGUGUGGAUAAAGGCCCUGGCCAUGGCUUCUGUGCCAGUGUUGGGAAGGGUCUCCUGGGAGGAAGGAGCUCCCAGUGUUAACCCAGGCUGUUCUCUCCAAUGGAGCCAUAGUGCCUACUGCCAGCUUUUUGUGGUGGUCUUUGCUGUCCUUUACUUCUUGCUGCCCUUGAUCCUGAUUUUUGUGGUCUACUGCAGCAUGUUCCGGGUGGCUCGUGUGGCUGCCAUGCAACAUGGGCCGCUGCCCACAUGGAUGGAGACACCCCGGCAGCGCUCCGAGUCUCUCAGUAGCCGUUCUACCAUGGUCACCAGCUCGGGGGCUCACCAGACCACUCCACACCGGACGUUUGGGGGUGGGAAGGCAGCAGUGGUCCUCCUGGCUGUAGGAGGACAGUUCCUGCUCUGUUGGUUACCCUACUUCUCUUUCCAUCUCUACGUUGCCCUGAGCGCUCAGCCCAUUUCAACAGGACAGGUGGAGACUGUGGUGACCUGGAUUGGCUACUUCUGCUUCACAUCCAACCCUUUUUUCUAUGGAUGUCUCAAUCGUCAGAUCCGGGGGGAGCUUAGCAAACAGUUUGUCUGCUUCUUCAAGGCAGCUCCAGAGGAGGAGCUGAGACUGCCUAGUCGGGAGGGCUCUAUUGAGGAGAAUUUCCUGCAGUUCCUCCAGGGGACCUCUGAGAACUGGGUUUCCAGACCCCUACCCAGCCCUAAGCAGGAGCCACCACCUGCUGUUGACUUUCGAAUUCCAGGCCAGAUUGCUGAGGAGACCUCAGAGUUCCUGGAACAGCAACUCACCAGCGACAUUAUCAUGUCGGACAGCUACCUCCGUCCUGCCCCCUCACAAAGGCUGGAGUCAUGAUGGACACUUGGAGGGAAAUAAGGCUUGGGACUGGUUUAUGGUCUUAAGGACUGCCUUUUCCAUCUGGCUGGGGUUUGGGCUGGGGUCUCUGGACUUAGCUUUUGCUUCGUGUUUCCUUGGUCAGGACCAGAGUCAACAGACUGGACAUGUGGCAAAAGCCUUGGACUUGGCUGUGAUCUUUGACUAUUGGGGGAGGGAACCUGGGUAUGGUGAGCCGGUGAUGAGAGACAAGGGCCACAAAGGACUGGCCUCCCUGAUCUCUCUCCUCAUGGCAGUGACCCACUUCCAGCCCCCUGGACAAUCGGGUACAGGAGACUAAGGGGGACUUUUCCCAGGUGAACUUUCCAGAGGGCUCUGAGCUCUCCUUUAGGAAUCCAGUCUUCACCA